AAUGUGAAACACUUACAUAUGAUGAUACUUGAGAGAUCUAUUCUUCAAGUAGAAUUUCACUCAUAUUCUUUUUUUUUUUUAGCUAUGUGUCAUGUGCUCAUAGUUUUUCCAAUGUUAUGGGCAACUUUCCUUGUAUAUAUAUGAGGUUGGCCCCGUGUUUACACCGAUACAUGUAUCUAGGUGUAAGAUACAAAUAUUUCCUGUCACGUUCCUUAAACUACAUAUUUACGGAGUAAUAGUGUAUUUUGCUUGCUUGUUGUACCUAUGGAGAAGGCUCGCCCCACAAUGCCCACACAAAAUGUCAUCGCUCGUCCCUUGACAUAUAGCAAUGCAAGUAAGCAUCCAAGGACCGAAUAUCCGAUGCUGAACUCCUAAACCAGCAACACUUGCAACCUCCAAUUUCCACAUCUUUUCUUGUGUCCAUCAUCUUCCCACGAAAACCACCAUUUUUGACCCUUUAACAAUGGCUUUUCCCCAUUUUCUCUCUCCUCCCUCACCAUUCACAACACCCCACCAUUAACAUGCCCCAAUCUCAACCACCGCGUCAUCCACCGUCCAAUCAAUUCCACCCCACCAAUCCAACGGCCUCUAAUCAACCACCUCUUCCUUGCUUCUCAAAAUCUGCUAAUUUGCCUGACUUUCUCCUCACCGCUCUCUCUCUCUUCCUCUUCAUCACCGCCCCUAAACACCAUCUUCCUCCUCGCGCACUUUCUCUCUCCUCCCCUCCUCCGUCAACCAAUCGCCGCUUCCUCCGCCUUACUUCAACCAUGUCCCAAAACCCUAACCCUAAUUCCACCGCUUUUCCCACCCCUCAAUCGCUUUCCGAUUGGCUUAAACCUCGAUUACCCUCUGAUUCAUUUGCUUCUUGGGGCACAAAACCCGGCACUAAAAAUGUUCAUAAUCUAUGGCUUGAGCUUGCUGAUGGUGAAACUUCGCUUGUUGAUAAAUCUCCCCCAAUUCGGAAUUUGGAGGUUGUUUGUGUCAGGGUUUUGUAUAAUCAUAACAGAGUAUUGAUUGAAUCUCAUCAAGAGUUAUCUGAUGGGUCGAUACGUAAAAGGGGUCGUCCAUUAUCGGAGAAAUUGAAGUCUGGUGAGGAUAUUGAGGCGGCUGUUAAAAGGGCGAUUAAGGAAGAAUUGGGGUCUGUGAUUUUUAGGGGUAAUGAAAUGGGAAAUGUGAAUUUUGAUCAGAUUGUGAGGGUUUUGAUGGAUUCUUAUGAGAGGAAGGUGGAGGAGAGGGUUUCGGUUUCGUACCCGGGUUUGCCGGCUGUUUAUGUGUUGCAUACUGUGGAUGCAUUUGUGGAGGGGUUGCCUGAGGGUGAGUUUGCUACAGAGGAGGAGACAGAGUAUGAGGGUUGUGAUAAUGUGGUGGCUGAUGAGGCGGUUUCGGUUAAAAGGCAUUUCUGGAAAUGGGUUCCUGUUGAUUUUGUGUGAUAUUGGUAGCUGCGGCCGAACAUUGUUUAAGUGUAGUGGCAUUGGAGACGGUUGUGGCGGUUGGGAUGCACAAAGUUGGUUCCUUCACCGGAGUAUUCUUGAUGAAUAGAUUGGUGAGUUUUGAGAACCCUCAAUUGUUGUAGUUAUUGUUUUGGUGAUUGUGAAGAUGAGUAAAAUAACAUGUUUCUUUUUGUGAAAUUGUUGUAUAGAAUGUAUGACAUUUGACAAUUUUGUUUCCUGUGGAUGUGUAAAUAUCAACUGUCUACAUUUUGGACUACUUAUUAAACGAAAUAGAUUGAAAUGAAACAAUUUUGUUUA